CGCAGAUAGUCAUCCUGAAUUUAAACGCAGUUUAUGCACUUUAUGUGGAGACACGGGUAACAGAAGUACGGUCAGCGUUUGUUUUAUGACAAACACUUUAAAAAGGGAUUACAUUGUGCAAACCCCAAAUGAAAUUUGAUUCACAGAAAAACUACUUGGAUUUUAAGGAGUGACUUUACGGUAGUUCUUGACAAUAACUUUUGAAACUUGGCCUUGGCGACAAACAAAUCAACUCUUUCCCAGAGGAUUUUAAUCGCACCCAGAAACAAGAAUGCUUGGACUGCGGACAAUUCCACUACUGGCGCUCGCACUGAUCAUUCUCACCAGCGCGCGUUGCCAGAGCGCCAGCGCGAGACUGGACAAGGGCGCCAAAGCGGGGAAAAGCUUCUAUCUUCAGAUAAAAGACUUGAUCAAGCACGUGGAGGAAAACGGAGAGUCAAAAAAUGCUGCACAGUCUACAAUUGCAGAAAUCCCGACGGAGAGGAGCACACAUCACAUUAAAGAAAAUGGAGAUCAAGUAAUGGAAGUGUUUCCCAGAGACCUGCGGAAAAAGGAUAAGUUUCUGAAACACAUGACAGGGCCCAUCAUCAUCUCACACAAGUGCAGAAAGCAAUUCUUACGGGUCUACUACUCCAGAGAAUGCACCAUGAAAUCCUUGUUGAAAAGGUGUGUGCGGCUUCUGCAGCGUUUGGCUGGGAGUCCACGGUGUAAAGAUGGCUUAGAAGUACAGUAAUCCAGCCAAACCAGACAGAUCUAGAGAAUCGCUAAAUGAAAGUGCCUUGGACAACAGCGAACACCAGUGAAACCCAAAGCCACAUUCCAGCAGAUGACCUCGCAGGGCAUCCAAAAGCACAGCUCGGAUAGAUGGAUGGACCCCAAAACAAGACCAGCAGCUCGGGAGAUGGAACAGGAGUUCCUGGGUAUGGCUCUCCCCCUCUGCUUGUGGUCACCGGGACUUCCUACUAUGGCGAAUUGACCAAAGGGCCCAACUCUGGGAUUCAGCACACCCGCUAAACAAGACCAACUUUUUCUCAGCUUUCAAAACUCCACGAUGAAAAGGUUUUUUUUUUUGUUUGUUUUGCAGUAGUAUGUGUGUGUGUGUGUGUGUGUGUGUAUGCUGAGUGCCACCACAAUGCAGAAUGUGCUUGAGUCACUGGGUUGCGGCUGCCAGGCCUCUUUAAACAUUACACUUUGUGAGUGCGUUGAAUGGCUUCGCUUCAGAUAUGCUACGGAACGUGAUGGAGAUUCUGGAUCUCUGGUACCCUCACCUAAGUGGACUGGCCACGAGUAGCCGAGCGCGACGGUGUGACAGAGAUAGAGGAACACUGACCACUUUGGUCCAAGGAUGUGAAAUAAUGCUGCUAAACUUAUUGUCCAAAACAGCAGGAUCCACAAAUCAGUGGGGGUUGUGGCUCUCCUUCUCUACAUGAGCACAUCUUUUUGUGCCUCUUCUAUAAAAAAAAGAAAACCGCAUCCUGUAUGAAGUUGUUUCCCUUUCAGUCAACAUCUCUCUGGUGGGGGGAGGAGGCGGGACUGGUUACCCCCGGUUAAGAAAUUUAUUUUUUCUGUUAGUGUCUAUGGCAAUCAUAGGAAACUCCACUGCACCUGUAGCCUCGCUCCUCUGCUUCAUGUACCGGUGAUCGCUUUGUUCUGAAGCAGGAUUGGACAGCUGAGAUGUCUGACUGCCAGUCACCCCUAUGAAACGUUUCCUUUGGAGCCCUGAGUCAGAGUAUAUUUAUGUAUUCAAGAGUUUUAUGGCUGUAUAUUACAUAAUCAUGCCAACUUUCCAACUUGUAAAUAUCGAAAGACUAAAGCCAAAAAAGAGAUCAAGUGUAAUGCACAUAAAUGAAUGUGACUUAUCAACUGGGAGUUGAGUUGACAUACUAAU